GUGAUGGUACGGGGGGAAUGCCGGUACCCAAAGGGUGAUGCUGUGGGGGGGAUGCAGACAACCACAGCGUACCACCCCCUUUUGUCGGCUGCCGAGAUGGAGGAGCGCUUGUUUUGUCGGCACGAGAAGGCCGCGUGGAGAGGGAUUUGCUGGGAAAAAAUAUCUAUUUCCCUAUUUCCUAUGGGGUGGAGGGGACCCCGUAUGGAUGCGGGACCCUCCGGAUCCCCCCGAGGUAUGAGCACGGCAGAGGACGCGAUGCUCCCCGAGGCCGCCAGAGUGUUUCCCGAGCAUUGCACCCGCCGGAAAAACUCACCCCGCCGUGAUCCUUGCGUCCCUCUGCCGUCAUGAGGGGCGGACCAGGAAGCUCCGGCAGCUCCCUCCUUCCCCUCCGCAGCAUCCUCAUCCUCAUCUAGGAAACGCCGGGAGGAUGGAACUCCCCGACCCCAGGCCGGACUGAGGCUCCAGCAAGGAAAACCAAGACAGCAUUGCUUUAUUGCAGCACGGCGGCAGGGCUGUAGGGUUUUACCCUCUCGGCGUUGCACAUUGCAGCAGGGAGAUGUUCAGCAGGUCGGGAUACCAGGCACUUCCCUUAGGGGAUUUUGACCGCUUCCAGCAGUCCAGCAUUGGACUGUACGGUGCACAGAAGGGCUUCUUCUCCUUCGGAUCCAAGGCAGACCCACUGGGACCGGCCAGGAAUGCUGCAGACUCCUCCCAGGGUUGGCUGUCCCGGAUCUGCCAUGGGAUCAUCACCUCCUUGGUCUUCCUACUGAUGCUCCUCACCUUCCCCAUCUCAGGCUGGUUUGCCUUGAAGAUAGUGCCUACCUAUGAACGAAUGGUCAUUUUCCGCCUGGGCCGCCUCCGUGCACCACAGGGCCCUGGUGUGGUGCUGCUGCUGCCCUUCAUUGACCACUGGCAGCGUGUGGAUCUGAGAACACGGGCCUUCAAUGUGCCCCCCUGCAAGGAUGGUGCCGUGCUCUCCAUGGGUGCUGAUGUGCAGUUCCGUGUGUGGGACCCCGCGCUGUCCGUGCUGGUGGUGAAGGACCUCGUGGCAGCCACUCGCAUGACAGCACAGAGCGCCAUGGCCAAGGCCUUGGGCAAGAAGAGCCUGCGGGAGAUCCAGGGGGAGAAGAUACGCAUCGGAGAGCAGCUGCUGCUGGACAUCAAUGACAUGACCAAGUCCUGGGGACUGGAGGUGGAUCGUGUGGAGCUGACGAUGGAGGCAGUGCUGCAGCCCCCCCGGGAUGCCCUGCUGGGACCUCUGGGUGCCGUAGCCCCAGUGCUGGAGGGUUCUCCCCCACAGCUGGCUUCCCACCUCCUUGACAGCGCACCCAGCGCCCCAGAGGCAGCAGACAGCGUGGUGACAGUGAGCGAGGUGGACCCCCCCAGGAGGAGGCCCAGCGUGGCCGAACUGCUCUCAGCUGUGGAGCCCAUCCUCUCCGAGGCUCUGGUGAGCCAGAUGGGAGCAUCCUACCAGGUGGACAUCAUCCUGCCCGGCGGUGCCCGCAGCACCUUCUUCAUAGACCUCUCCUCAGGCAGCGGGCAGGCUGGCUGCGGUGUGCCCCAGGGCAACCCUGAUGUGGUGCUGGAAGUGGCAGAGGAGGACCUGCAGGAGCUGAUGCUGGGCGAGCUGCGGCCCCUGGCUGCCUACAUGAGCGGGCGGCUGCGGGUGCAGGGUGACUUGCAGCUGGCCCUCCGCCUGGAGGAGCUCUUCAAGGCCGUGAAGCUGCACAGAUAGAGCAAGCGUGUCCCUGUGUGUGUGUCUGUAGGUGGGGGACAGCAGAAGAACGUGGUGAGGAUGCUGCCUGCCCUCCCCGUGGGAUGACAGGAGGCAGGUGAAGGCCUGAGCGGGGAAACUGAGGCAAUGGAGGCAUCGCCCCUUGGCUGAGCCCCUCCAGCUGCCAUUGUGCUUGUCUUUUCUCACCCCUUGCCUACAAUGCAUCCAGUGGGCACCCCAGCUUUGGGCCGUGUGGUACUUGCAGCUGCUGCCUUUUGGGGAGGGAGCAGAGGUGGCAUCUGGGGAAGGAGCAGCCAGGAGUUGCCCGUCCCAACACAAGAAGUGAUGGCGUUGAUUUGUGUUUCUGCAUUGUGUGAUGUGAGCUCUGCACUGUGUGCAUGGGGCUGCGUCCAGCCAUGUAUCCGUAGCUUUUUAUUUUGUAAGCUUCCUUUCUAUCCCAAUAAACAUACUCUAA